CAGCGCGCGCCGCUGGGUUUCAGUCUGCUGGCCUCUGGAAUGGGCAGAAAAUCACCAGCCCAUAUUUCACCAUUGAUUAAUUGCACGAACUCCACCGAGAGUCUGUAUUUUUCCCGUCGUCUACACGAUGCUAUGCGGAGGUAAGGUGAUGGAAGAGGCCAGCGGGAGGUUCUCAGAGCUGAUUCCAGUGGUGCUAUUUCCGCGGCUGUCAGGCUUUGUCCCUUCCUCUGUUCAGUAACAGCGCCCAUUCUCAUCCCGAAUCACCAUGAAGCCAGUCCACGAGCGCAACCAGGAGUGCCUCCCUCCCAAAAAGCGGGACCUCCCUGUUAACAACAGCAACAACAACACCUCCACCAACAACAGCAGCAGUAGCAUCAGCGGCGGAGCGGGAGGCAGCGGAAUUGGGAGUGGAGGAGGAGGUGGUGAGGAUGGCCCGUCUUCACAAAGCUCUGGAGUGAGCGGAGAAGCCCAAAGUGGUAGUGGCGAGUGGGUGCGAGCCCAGCCGAGCGUGCAUUAUGGGGUGGAGGGUGCUGAGGGUCUCAUCGGGUUACCCAUGGAUCAGUACAGCAUGCUCUAUAAAGUAGCUUUGCCCGCUGGCACCUACUCACCUGUUCUUAGCCACAUUUCUCCUGCCUACACCGUUCCUUCCUCGGUGUUACAGCAUACUAGUGUUCCCUACCCUCCGCUCGGCUACACCCAGAUCCCGCACUCCUCCUUGCAGUUUGUUAGCUCUCCGUACGCGACUGCGGUUCCCUACGGCGUGCCUACGGGAUUUGUUCCCCAGUCGCACCUAGUUCCAUACCAAUCAGUGAUUCAGGAAGGAGUGGUCUCGUCCCAUCAGCAGCAGCAGGUCUCGACCCACGCGUACACCAAAAUGACAGCGCCUCUGGUGCUCCCGUCUGAGCAGGCGGCGACACAAGCGGCGCUGGGGACUGUAGGGAUGUUACCUGCCGGGGAGCACAGCCCGAGAGGCGUGCCUGUGUUCUACCACCCCCCCGUCAGGGGCGUCCAACCUCAACGAGCCCUAGAACAGGAAAGGGAGGUGAAUGGUGGGAACCGAGACCACGGAGGCAGGGAGAGCCAUUUAGAUGCAGUUUAUUCGUCCAGAGGUGGAAGGCUGAUGCAGGAGUCCCAUCAAGACAAGAGCUUGAAAAGCCGCAGGCUGGAGGGCAGAAUGUCUCCAGGACAGAGAAGCACGCCAGACACUGAUCUCGAGGUCCAGCAAGUUGUUGGACGACUGGCCUCUCCUGUCCAUGGCAUGAGUCGCAAGGAAGCAGCACACGUCCCUCUGAACCUUUCUCAAAGCUCUCAGAGGAGUCGAGAGACUCAGAGCGAAGUCAGAACAGCAUAUGCAUUAAAUCCUGCUGAAUCCAGAGCUCAUCAGCAGCAUAUCGUUCAACAAGGUCAUGCCGUGAUCUUGGCCAAUGGGCAACCUGUUUUCGUGCCCCUGGACUACCAUCAUCACCAACAGCAACAGCAGCAGCAUUAUCAAUCCAACGAUGUGGCCUCAGCAGCCAUCGUUGCUUCUCCCGCUACAUAUACAAAAGCCAUGGAUGCAGUAGCGUGUCUCCCAGAGCGGGCGGUGGCAGAGCUGCCUCCCCAACACAGUCAGCAGCCCUCCCAGCAGCUUCCCACUCAAGCUCCUGGUGCUUUACCACAGGCUCCUCUGCUGGCACCCACCGGCCCGUCGCACUUCAUGAAGGGCGCCAUCAUCCAGUUGGCUACCGGAGAGCUCAAGCGUGUGGAAGAUCUGCAGACUCAGGACUUUGUGCGGAGCGCAGAAGUUAGCGGUGGGCUGAAGAUUGACUCGAGCAUGGUGGUGGAUAUCCGCGCUAGUCAGAGGCCCGGUCUAGUGGCGUUGCAUUUCAACGUAGGGGAGCAGCAGAGCAAAGUGACUAUAGAUGUUCCCCCCGAACACCCGUUUUUUGUUUUCGGACAGGGCUGGUCGUCCUGUAGCCCUGAGGGGACUGCCCAACUGUACGGUCUCACCUGCCACCAUCUGCAAGUGGGCGACGUCUGCGUGUCCGUGACGCUGCAGCAGCAAGCCACGUUACAGCAGAAACCGACGCAGCAACUGCAGGCCCGGACUCCCACCAAAGCCAACUCUACGUCAGGAGCCCCUCCUCAGCCAAUGGGCCCCCCUGCGCCCCAGCACACCCCUCGGCCACCAAACCAAUUAAAGAUGGAGCGCAUCCACAGAGAGAGGGACAGGGACAAGGAAGAGCCCAUGCAGGUCGGGGGUCCUCGACACAUCGAUGUGUCCCCCAGACCGAACAGGACUUCAGCAGAGCACACUCGGAGCCAGAGCAACUACUAUUUGCACACUGAGGGUCAUGCUCCACCGGGAACCGGAGCGGGAGCCUCUUCCAUAGGGGCGUCCCAGAGGCGCUGGUCUGCCCCUGGCUUCCAAAGAUAUAACAUCAAGAAUGAGGAGGGAAGUUUAGCCUCAGUUGCCAUCUCUGGCUCCUCUCGCCCAUCAUUUAUCCCUCAGGAGGUCAAGCUAUCCAUCGAGGGGCGCUCGAACGCCGGCAAGUAGCAGCAAACACAAAAGAGAUUGUCUUUGGGAGUGAAGUGUCAGUCGGAUGUGAAAGAGGGAGCGUGGUCGGAGGGAGAGAGAAUGUAGCCUCAGAAUGUUUGAGAUUUUGCACAUAUUGGAAGAUUCCCCCUGCCGCCCCCUUCUCCAGUUCUUUUCGGUUCUGGUCUCGAGCAGAGGAAUUAUUUUGCCAGGUCAUAGUCAGAGUUCGCAAUGAUCUGCAUGGGCAGCUUUAUCUGGUAAAUCACGUACCAAAGCCUGCAUCGUCUGCUUGUUCCUGUGGGUGAACUAUCGUGUUUUGGCAGUGAUCACUUGCAUAAAGAUAUCUUGCAGUUCCUCAAGUAGAUGUUUAUUUCAGAAAGGCCAGGGAUAAGAAUGGGAUACAGCCAUAGAAUCUUGACAAGCCUUUACAAUAAUAAUUAUAUAUUUUGAAGAAGGACGAAAGAGGAUAGAUUGCUCAACAACUUUUUUCCCUAAAAGACAGGCAUUUUCUCUCUAAACAUUGACUGUUUCCCUUGUUGCGCUGCCAGGCUUUUAUUGGCUAAGACCUUAAAACUUGGACAGUUUUUAAUGCGUCUCUCUCUAGAGGUGUGUUUGUCCUCACUUUCCUACACUCUCCUCCUCUCCCUGCCUCUUCUCAGGGUGCUUCUGAUGAGGACUACUUUCUAGUCUGGAGUUUGAGAACAGUUGCCCAGCAUCGUCACAUCAAUCAAUUGAUCCAACAAUCUUUCUACAAUCAGGAACUAUUUCCAGAUGAAGUCUCACACGCAUCUUAACAGUUGCAUUAACGACUCCUCAGAGGUUUUUAAUUUUGAUUCAGCAGUGGCUCUGAAUCUCCAUUCCAGUUUCAAUGUGAUCUCUCCUCCUCAACCCAUUGGAGUUAUCAUUACCCAGUAAGGCUGGCCUAGGAAAACGCCUCUAAAUAGUACCUCAUGGUUGGAAGCAUCCUUCAGUCUGAUAAUUAACUUCUUUUUUAAUCCUACAUUGUUGUGCCCUAUUUCAUGGAGACAACAUGUGGUGUCAGCCAAAAUCAGCCGUGCUUGCGAAGCUGAGACCAAAUGUGGAACAGGUUCUAGUCGUUUGCGAACGGCUUGUUCCUGUGGAAAUGGAUUAUUGCUCUGAAGCAUGCAGGUUUAAAUGAAAUCGUCCCAUUGGAAGCGUUGAGCACAGACAAGUGUAGAUUCACUGCUGUUGGGUGUGGACUGACCCUGCUCAGUUAUCAAAAUCAAAGCAAUAGUUUUUUCAUGUUUUAUUUUUGUUUUUUUAAAUCCCGUACAGGAUAGAUUACUCCUUGUAUUUAGAUUUUUCUAUGUGCAGCGUUUGCAGUCUGUAUGUAAAGACCUUUUCAACCUUUUCCUGCACUUCUCUUGAUUUUCUAAGAUAAUGCAGUUUUACUUUGUGAUAAUACUCACUCUAACAGUUACUACAGGAGUUCAUUACAAGCAUGCAAUUACCCCUAAAACAACACCUCUUUCUUUUAGGCAGAUUUUCUGUCUGACCAGUAGUGUCUUCAGAGAUGACAUAUGAAAUCACACCUCAAAAUGGGGCUUUUCUGAAACACCCGUUGAUUAGGAUAUUCAGGGUCAGCUCUUGCUAUUUAUAAAAAGACCUUGGUCUACCUUAAAUUAUGUCCUAACCAGGUAUGACAUGAUAAAACAAGUGAUGCAUGAGUUACAGUGUGGUGUGUCUGCAAAAAGCGCCAAGCAACAGGACGCUUUUGGCUAUCAAAUUUUUCGAUUUCUAUUUUUGUGGUAUUGUGCUCGGUAACUCUGCCUAACGUGAAAUCUCAUUGG